AUGUCCGGACGGACGGCGACGGUCGCGGCGCUCCUCGCGGCGCUCCUCCUCGCGCGUUGUCCCGCGUGCUCGUCCACCGUCUCGUCGCCCGGCGCGCCACCCGCGCGGGAGCACGAGUCGUACUUCGAGGGAUGGGGCGAAGGGUACGACGCGGACGACGGGCCGCGCGCGGCUCUGGCCAACGCGGCGCAGAUCGCCGCCGACGUCGACCCAUCCCCGGUGGAGGACGACAUCGACGCCCUCGACCAGCCAGCUGCGAAGCUCGAGGUGCGCGAGGUGCGCUGGGAGGACGAGGAAGCGACGAGGUCGAAGCUGGGGCGCGCCGAAUUCCCCGACGGCGACGGGGACGGCUUCCGGUCCGUCUACCCGCUGACUCCCACGCCCGGGGUGGACGACGUCUCCACGCCCAUCACGACGGAGGAGUGGUUCAGGCGUCCGCGCGUGCCCCCGACGCCCGUGCGCCGGCGGGGCGGACUGAGCGACCCGCCCUCGGGAACGCUCGGGUGGGAUCCCUCGGCGAGGGCCGCGCUGGAGGCGGAGCUGCGGCGCCUGCAGUUCCCCGCCUCGUGCGACGACGCCGCCGUGCUCGCGGUCCCGCUGGAGAUGUGCCCGCUGGGUUGCAGGGUGCACAUCUUCCUGCAGCGCGCGCUGAUCGCCUCGGUGACGCUGGGUCGCACGCUGGUGCCGCUCCCGCCGUGGGACGCGGGGCUCGAUCACCUGUUCCAACCCGUGACCAACUGCAGCCUUCGACCGGGCCAAAAGGGGGCGACGGAGGGGGCGCGCAGGGAGCUCGGGGAGGCGAUGGAGGCGCUGACGGACCUGUUCAUCCUGUCCGGGGCGCCGCACGAGAAGCUCGAGCCGCUCGAAGCGAGUUACAGGGGGGAUAAAAAAAACCCGGCUCGCGCCGUGGACGGUUGGCUCGCGGGUCUUCGCGAGCUGAUGCGGGAGCAGCACGCCAGCGAGCAGUUCCUGGGCGACGAGCACUGGAACAAGAACUCGCCGCGGUGGAAGCGCGCGGCGGCGACGCUCGCGCCGUACACGGUAGGACGCGCGUCGGUGAAGGACGACGGGAACGCCGCCGAGGCGAAUGACAUCAUCGUGUGCAGCAACGGACGGUGCGACAACGCGGCGACGGCGCGCGGCGCGUGCGUCAGACCCGAGGGAUGCCCCGGCAUCGGACUGAACAACGAUCAGUUCCCCGACGUUCUCUGGCGGAUCAUGCGGAACCCCGCGGCCGGGGACGCGCCCGGUUUUUGGCUGUCGAACCAGCCGGAAGGGGAGCCCGCGCCGAUUGAGUACAGCCCGACGCCGGAGGAUGCCGCGCGGAUCAUCGAGGCUUUCGACGACCAAAGGGCCUCCGUCGCGGGCGAGGUGCAGGCGAUGCUGAGGGGCGACGACGAGGAAGAGCCCGGGCGGGGUUUACUACCGCUGCCGGGGUACCCUUAUCCUCGCGCGGUGUCCGUCCCAGAGCUGCCCCCGCGGAUAACGGUUUUCCCGCCCGGCUCAUUUGCCGACGGGUGCAACGACUGGCCGUCCGCGUGCCAGCCGCACUUCGCGCUGCACGCCAUGCUCACCUCGUGGAUCCUCACGCGCCCCCUCGCGGCCGUCGCCGGGUUCAUAACCCCGGCGACGUUCAGAAACCUUGACCGGAUCGCUCACCCGGUUGUCACCCUCCAGGUGCGCCGCUCCGACAAGAUGGGCGAGGAUCCCUUCUACAACAUCCACGAGGGAUACAGGGACCUGGCGACGUACGUCCGGGCCCUGGACGACGCGGCGACGGCCACGGGCAAGUGCUUCAAGACGGUCUUCUUGAUGACCGACGCCAAGCACGCGGUGUUGGAGCUGCGGCGGAUGCACGCCGCCGGAAACCUGACGGUGUGCGGAGAGAAACCCGCGUUGGUCUUCUCGGAUGCGAUCGCCGCGGACAGGGAGUACAGCGUACCGGUGUUCGUCGACAGCCUCGUGGGGCGCAGGGGUAACGAGAGCGCGGUGGAGGCUGUCCGUCGCGAGCGUCUGUUUGCCGCGGAGCUGUGGGUGGCGGCGAAGUUCUCCGACUACGUGGUGGGCGACGCGAGCAGCAACGUGUUCAUGCUGCUGCUGGAGGCGGUCGCCGCGAGGAAGGGGAUCGCGGACAUACCCAGGCUCGUGUCGUGGGCGCCCGGGGAGGAACAUCACGACCACGUCGCACGGUGCCCGCGGCACGACCCGGUGACCCACCGAUGCUACUGGAUGUCGUCCAUAGGCGCUUCGCUGCAGGAGGGGUGGCACAGCGUGCUGCUCGCGAACCCGUGGGUGAACGGGGAGAGUCGCGCGGUGCGGUACGCCAUGCGCGAGGGGCCCGAGGGGGUGGAGAGGCUGCUGGGCAAGAGGACCGAGCGGGAGCGAUAGAUAGAAGGGUCUUUUUAGUUUGCAAACAAAGUCCAAGGUG